AUGGGGAACAUCUCUCUUGAUCUAAGCACAACCCUGGAAUUGUGGAGGGACGCCAACGGAGCUCUGGUCAGCCUGACGUCAUGCCCACAUCUCUUGACUUCCCGCCUCGUGGGUCUCCUCCAAGAUGUGGGGAGGCCUACCUGCUGCUGGGGAGAUGGAGAAGGCGAUGCUUUGGAGAACACGUCUUUGCAGGAGCUCAUGUGGUCAAGGUUAGCUGCUUCCUGCAGAGAAGCCGAAGAGGAGAUCCGUGGUGAACACCACCUGUGCAAAGAAAGUCAAGACUCUGAGUGCCAAACUUUGAUAAUCGAGCUGAGAGAGAGGCUGAACAGCACUCAGACAGAAGAGGCCGUCCCAGUGCGGUCUAGGGUUGUUUCAGAACUUCUGGAGAUGUUUGAUAGACCUCAAGAGGACCUCCAGGCGCUAAGGUCAAAUCCUGACUGGGUGGAAGUCGUGUCUCUCAGACUCGUCCUUGGAAUCAAAAGAGCCAUCUUGAAAUCCCAAGAAAGGCCCCCACCACAUGAAGCGGUCCAAGCCCUGUGGCGUCGUGUGUCUGACGUUUUCUCUUACUCUGUUUUCGCAUCAGAGAGUCUCAAAGACUGCUGGACGGAGCAUCCAAACCUCUCCCUCUUGUUCUCCCAAUACAAAAGCACGCCGGGCUUCACCCCCUCCUCGGACGUAUGGCCAUUGCUGGCUCCCAAGCACCUUGUGAAGGACCUGGAUUCCCUCCAGGCCUGCUUGCUGGAGAAAAGCCACAAGAAGCUCAGUAAGAAAUCCAGAGACAUCCUUUCCUUGCUGAGCCUUAAGGUCAGCCUGUGGCUCGUCGCCAGUUUCAUCUACCCCGUCGUCCUGAUGUCCUUUAAAGAGAUGACUGCAUGGAUCCAGGAUUAUGCCAGGAACCUCAAGGAGAGGACGGAAGAUUUGAAAAGAGAGAGGUGCUUGGUCGAGGACCUUCUCCACCAGAUGUUGCCCAAAUCUGUGGCCAAGCAGCUGAGGAAACACAAGCAUGUGGAGGCAGAGAAUUACGACCAGGUGACCAUCUUCUUCUCGGACAUCGUGGGUUUCACCAGCCUCGCGGCUUCCUGCCCUCCCUUGCAAGUCGUAGAGAUGCUGAACAACCUUUACAUCUGCUUUGACACCCGGAUCGAGUCCUACGAUGUUUACAAGGUGGAAACCAUCGGGGACGCCUACAUGGUUGUGAGCGGCUUGCCCGAGAGGAACGGGAUGAAGCACGCCGACGAGAUUGCCAAAAUGUCGCUGGAUCUGGUGGCUGCUGUCCGGCAGGUCGUGAUUCCACACAAGCCCACCGACAAGCUGCAGUUACGAGCCGGGAUUCACACAGGUCCCUGUGUGGCUGGUGUCGUCGGACACAAAAUGCCUCGGUAUUGCCUCUUUGGGGACACGGUGAACACAGCGUCUCGCAUGGAGUCCACCAGUUUGCCUCAGAAGAUCCACAUUAGUUCGGCCACGUACCUUGCACUGUUGGUGGAUGACGCCUACGACAUUGAGCCGAGGGGGGAGAUUGAAGUGAAGGGGAAAGGGUCAAUGAAAACCUACUGGCUGCUGGGCAACAAGAAUUACAGUGUCCAAAACGACAGUCUGGUGUGUCACUGGAACUCAGCAGUAUCUCAGAAGAAGAAGACGGAAAACAGUCUCGCCUCUUUCCAGCAGUCCAGCACAGGCACCGUCGGGGCCCCCGUGAACAAGGAAACCACUACAGCUCCCCGUGAGCAACCAGCCCCCAUCAGCCAUACUGGAACGAAGCCCCGUUCACAGGGGACGGCCACCAAGGAUACGGACCGAGACCCGGGGUCGAAGCCUGCUCUCCGAGACAGCCUCGUGUCGGACCGCCUCCACCCAUCUGGACCCCCAAGCCCUGGAGGAGGAGAGGGAAUCCGGCAGCAACUCCAGCCUGGUGCUGAGACCCCAGUGCUGGAAAAGAUGGGGAAAUUACCUGGGUUUGUGGACGGGAUGUGAACAGUUGUGGGAUGAGUGUGAGCUCCCUCCCACAUCGCUAAGGGUUUGAGACACCGAUGAAUAUCAGGCUCUCUGGGUCUAGCAAUCACGUUAGCUACUAGUUUUUGAACACCCUUAUGAUGUUAAGAGAAAGAAGUUGUACUGCACUGACAUGCGGUAGCCACAAGGAAGCCAAGGACUAACAAGGGUGCCCCAUCCUGGAUUUCUGAGCAAAGACCAAAGAGAUCAUUCUCACCGAGUCCACGUUCUGUGACUGGCCCAUUAUAAAGCCCGCUGAAGAGGGGACGAUCCAGGCAUGGUCCCAGCACGUGGUGCAAGGCCUCCGAGCCCUUCCUGAAACAGAGAAAACAGGAGAGGUUUCUCUAGGGGGCACCAUAACCCUCACGGAUUAAAAUAGGUACACGGAGGUCACAUUGCUGUUGUCAUUCUGUUUCUGAGCGUGUUUGUGUGCAUGCCUCUGUUCUAAAAGCUCUCAAGCCCUCCUUUCAAACUGAUGGAACCGUGUCUCCAUCCGGC